GAACUCACUUCUGGAAUGCACAGGAAUCUUAUUUUUCGUACGAUGGCUCACAAAAUUCUCCUCCUGAAAUCACGCACGACAUAAGCUUUCGCACGGGUGUCACUCAAAGAGGGAUUGAAACUUACACACCACGAUUAAUGAUUUACGAUCUAAAAGGCGGCUUUGGUUCGAUCAAGAAGAUGAACAAGUUAUAUGAGGAGGUCACAGAAAAUGAUCAAGAUCAACUAUGGGAUUGGAAAUCUGAAAUUCAUUCCCAGAUUUCAUAUCCAAAAAACGAAUUCUUGAAUAGCUUAGAAGAAGAGGAAGAAAGGCCUUUUACUUCCGGAUCCACAGAUCACAUGGAUAUAGAUUUCGAAGAAAGAAAUUUUAACUUGGACCAAACUGUAAAGACUUGGUCCGAUUUCAAUAGAAUAUAUUAUCAUCCGAAAAGUAUCAAUACCAUCUCAGAGUUUACAUUGGAUGAUGACCUUUUUCGUUUUGACGUAUUUACGUACGGAAAGAACGCGUUUUUAAGAAAUCAAAGUGAGGAAGAUUCUUUUGAAGAGAAUUUUAGGUUUUUUGCAGAAGAGUGUGAUGCAAUACAAGGAUUUCAAAUAUUAACCGACGUUACUAAUGGAUUUGGUGGAUUUGCAUGUGGCUUCCUCGAACAACUGCGCGAAGAAUACCCGAAGAGUGCGGUUUUGAGCUUUGGAAUUACUGAAACCCAAAAAUUGGCAUCGCCUGGACAAGAGAGCUAUACGAAACAGAUGAUUAAUUCCUCGCUUAGUACAUUGCAAUUGACGGAGAUGUCUUCGUUGUUUAUUCCUUUGAACACCUCCCCAUCAUAUGGAACAAUGCUUAAGUUCAUACAACCAAAUUUCAGUCUUCCGUAUCACUCCAGUAGUAUUAUCUCUGCUGCGAUCGAAACAGCCACCCUACCUUUCAGGUCGAGACGCGGUUUUACGCAUAUGAGCAAUCUUAUAGACCGAUUAUUAUGGCGAGGAAACACAAAGAUUGGAACUCUUGGUCUUACAUUUCCUUUCCCUCUUGGAGAACUUGGAAACUUAUAUUACCCAAGUGAUAACAACGCUAUUGAUUUAUCGUUGCCGCAAAAUCAUGAGCAAAACUUCUCGACAACGUAUGGACAGUCCAUUGUGAUCCGGGGAAUACCGGACGAGCUCCGUUUAUCUCCAAAAUUUUCCGAUGUCACUUCAGACAUAUUUCAACGGUUUCAAUUUUCGGAAAGUGGAG